AUGGCGACCGGCGCGGCGGACGCCCUGCUCAGCCACCGGGGCCUCCUGUCGCGCCUGGCCCGCCCCGUGCCGAUCGACCCGUCGGACGUCUUCUGGCGCCAGCUGACGACGUUCCCGCUGCCGCUGGCCUGCCUGGACCCCCUGGAGGUCGAGGCCUUUUUGGCGCCCUUCGCGGAGGACCUGGCGAUCAACAACGGCGGCACGCGCAACCUGCAGAAGCUGCUGCUGCGGGCCGCGGUCGCCCUAACUGGCGCCAGAGGGGGCAGGGACGACCCGCUGCGCGCGGCCAACGCGCUGCACCUGGUGCGGGUGAUCCUGAAGGGCCUGCUGGAGAGGCUGCCGGGGCACGAGGUGGUGUCACUUCUAGAGGAGCCCUCAGAUGGCGUCGUGGAUGCCAGCGCAAUCGACCCAGAUCCGAGCCACCCCUUGUUCCAAUUUGCGGGGGCGCUCCUGAACACCCUGGCUAUGGGUGACUCGGGUGGUGGGUACCUGCUGCAGCUGGAGGUCGUCAGGGCCCUCCUGGUGGGUUGCUCGAGCCAGCUGUAUGUGCCCACGGCAGGUGGGCCCAGUGGCUCGCACCCCAUCCUGGAUUACCUUAUGCUCAGGGGGGACUGUGCCAGCACAGUGGUGCAGACAGUGCUGGACUGGUUGGUCAAGAGGGAGCCGUCGCCACGGGACGUCGUCCUCUUCAAAAGGGAGGCCAAUGGCAAGGGGGGCAUGCUGAAGUAUGUGAGGAAUGCAGCAGCUGCUGCCAUUGGCGGAGUGAUGUGGCUGCCUUCCUUGGCCUACCAGAUGUUCGUCCGCAGCGGCGCGGAUGUCACGGAGAGCCCGCUGGCAGAUGAGGCACAGCUCCUUCUCCUUGUCCUCAUCUACCAUCCCACAGGGCCAGCCCCCAACCCCUACAAGCAUGCUCUCAGCAAGCUCCAGGACAUGGCCUUCCUAGGAGGCAAUGAAGUCAGUGGUGCCAGGCAGGCUGGGGUGGGCGCCGUGGCCACCCUGUCCUAUGGGUCACUGUAUGAGGCGAUUAGCAGGAACCUGGCAGACGAGCGCACGAUAUUGCUGCUCUACUCCCUCUUGCUCCUAUGCCGAACCUUCCAAGACUACGUGCUUGUGCGCAGCGACCUUGACACCCUACUCCUGCCCAUCCUCAGGCAGACCUACCUGUCGUCCUCGAAGAGCCAGAGCCAGUUGUACCUGCUGAUCAUCAUCAUACUCAUCUUGAGCCAGGAUGCCUCCUUCGGGGAAAACAUCCACAAGGUGCCCAUUUCUCCCCCCGACUGGUACAGGGAUCGCGCCAUGGGCAAGACCACACUGGGAAGCUUGUUGAUCGUCGUGCUGCUUCGGACGGCCAGCCACAACUUGGCCAAAACCCGGGACCCUUACCUGCACACCAACACUGUGGCGGCCCUGUCCAACCUCGCCACGUCAGUGACGGCCCUGAGCACGCAUGCCGCGCAGAGGCUUGUGUCCCUGUUGGACAUGCUGUUCAGGAAGUAUGACAAAGCGGUGAGGCUGGUUGGAGGGAGCUCUGGGGGCUUUGUGAGUGGAGGAGAGCACUCGCCUGAGCUACAGUUCUAUGGGGAGUUCUUGAGGACUCUGUUGGAGGUGAUUAACAGCAUCAUCACAACUGGGCUGGCCAACAACACGGAGCUGGUGUAUGCCAUGUUGUACAGGCAGAGUGUGUUUGUUGCACUGCAACGACACUCGCAGUGCUUGGACCUUCUGGAGAACAUCCAGGUAGUGAUCGAGUACUUCAACACGCGGAUCGAUGAGGCCCGGUCCCUACAGCCCUCCACAGACUGGGGGGCGGACAAGGUUUUGGAUGUCCUGCGCACCACCUCCCGCUCCUGGAGACCCGAAAAGCUGCGCCACUUUCCGGAGCUGAAGUUCUUGUAUGAGGAGGAGGCCAACCCAGAGGAGUUCUUCGUACCCCUGGUGUGGUCCUUGGUAGUUACUCACCUAGAUGUGGCCUGGAACCCGGACCUGAUCGUGCUGUUCUCUCCCAAGACGCCCACCUGCAGCGUGCAGGGCAGUGAGGACAUGUCAGUGUCGCUGGAGACGCCCCUGUGCACCCCGCAGCACACCAGCAGCCUGAACGGAAUACGGGAGAUAGAGGAGAACUUGUAG